CACUCCCACUCCCACUCCCACUCCCACUCCCACUCCCACUCGUCCCAGUCCUCUCCCCUCCCCUCCCCUCCCCUUCCCAGAGGGCCAGAGGCCUCUAAACCCCUGUACCGCCGACGGCUGCUUGCUCAAGUGAGACGCUGGGGCUGGACUGGCGGGACUGGCGAGACUGGCGAGACAGGCUGACUGGCUGGACCGGGCUUGGGCUUGGGCUUGGGCCGCUGGAACUGGCACUGACUGACACUACCCACACUACACGACACGACACUGAACGCAUGCAAUUGUGAGCGGCGGACCAUCGAACGACAUCGACACAAGCCAGCACGAGCACUUCUGUUGCUUCACUUCACUCCACUUCCAUCACUUCAACCUCAUCCACCUCACCUCUCCUUCUCUCCACCACCACCUCUUCCUCCCACGACAACAGCCCUCCACUCCGACGACAAUCUCAUCCAUUGAUUGUAUUGUAUUGUAUUGUAUUGAAUCCGCAGACUGCAUCUGCGACAUCUACACUUCUGCAGACAAUGCUGCACAACGCCUGCCAGCCUCAGACCUCGACUUGAUCCUCUGUCGUCAUUCUCCUCCCUCCCAGCCUCUCGGCUUCGCAUACUCUCACGGCCUCGAUUUACAUUCUACCAACUCGACUUCUAUUGUUGAUUGAGAGGAGGAUAUCUGGAAUUUUCGAAUAGACCGCUACACUCAUUGGCCUGAUUGCAUCUCUGUGAGACAUCCGGAAACCAUUCACUGGCACUGCAUCAAGCCAGUCAACACCAAGAAGACCAAAUACGGCGGAAUUGGAGACGCUUUGCAGACCAGGACAUUCACAUUUCGCUGUCCUGACCUUCGUUGACUUGGAAUUGUGGAUGUCGAAAUUCGGAUCUGACAAUCACCUGCACCUGAAACCCCUGAAUUAGCAGCACGGCUAAGUACGUCCCUCAGAGCGGCCCUAGAAAAGCGAAUUGUCCUAUUGUACUUGGGCGGAUCGUGUAUGCAUUGUUUCAUGAUCGAGAACCGAGGAUACGGAACCUGCGAAUUCUAGAUCGAGAUCUAGCUCCACAACUCUACACCGACCGAAAAAACCUGGAGACUCUAGAUCGAAAAGCACAAAUAACGAAUUACGAUCUUUACGCCUGGAAUAUUGUGUUUGAUAUCCCCAGCUACAAACGACUAGCCUGUCGAUAACGUGCUUUUACAAGUGCAUCUGACGACCCCUACCAGCAAAUCCUUCUCCUCAACCUUCUUUCUACUUCUAGCUAUCCACACGUCAGACAAGAUGGAAGGCUUUAGUAUAGGGAAGCCGAUGAGCUUGACGGAGAGAAGAGCAUCGAUGCACACUACCUUCGAUGACGGCGAUUUAUCACCUACUCGAGCAACCCUCACCCUCAACACCAACACCAAUGUGCGACUGUCAUCAAGAGUCGACAAAGUUGUGCAAUCCCGUCCCCGAGGACCUCCAACCCCCAACAUGACCACACCAUCCGCAGACCCUGAUUCUCCCACACACUCGAGCCAUGAUCCUCCUCCACCUCCUACACCCGCUGCGAGUCCCGGUCCAGAUCAUCCACAGCCGGAUUGGAAAGAUGCAGGAGAUCAGGAAGAUUAUUUCCUGUCGAAGAUCAGAUCACAUUUCAAGGUUGCAUCCUCUGCGGAGAGACAUCGCAUAUUGGCAGAUCUCCUGAAUCUGUGUACCAGCCAACAACUAAGUUUUGUGCGGCAGUACGUGGAUCCGUUAUUGAAGAAAGAUCCAUUCACCAGUCUGCCAAACGAGAUUUGCUUAAGAAUCCUGUCAUGUAUCGACGACCCGAAAGUCCUUGCACGAGCAUCACAAGUUUCACAGAGAUGGCGAGAAUUGUUGGCAGAUGACGUGACAUGGAUGAAGUUGUGUGCGAAACAUGAUUAUGGACGUAGGAUGUCAGAAAACCAUGCACACACUCCUCCAUUCUCUUCUCUCCGACCUCCGCUCAACCCCAUCCACAAUACUAUACACGACGAAAGUCAUAUUCAUUCGUUCCCUGGUGCUCCAGGUCUCUCAUACUCGCCAUGGAGUACUGGCAAUUCCAAGAGUUUUGACAGCUCGACAAGUACAAGUGCUUUGCGGAGACCGAACAUGCCGAGAUCGUACAAAUCGCACUUUAAGCAGAGGUAUCUGGUCGAGACGGCUUGGAGGACGGGUGGACGAAAUAUUGCAAAGCACAUCACGCAAGAUCAAGGAGUGGUGACGAGUUUACAUCUCACGCCGAAGUAUAUCGUGGUUGCGCUGGAUAAUGCAAAGAUCCAUGUGUUUGAUACCAAUGGAACAAAUCAGAAGACAUUGCAGGGGCACGUAAUGGGUGUUUGGGCAAUGGUUCCUUGGGAUGAUACUCUGGUCAGUGGUGGAUGUGACAGGGAUGUAAGGGUGUGGAACAUGGCAACUGGAGAGUCUUUACAUACGCUCAGAGGCCACACAUCUACUGUUCGUUGUUUGAAGAUGUCGGAUUCGGGCCACGCCAUCUCCGGGUCCAGAGAUACUACAUUACGAAUCUGGGAUAUCAAGACUGGGCUCUGCAAGAAUGUUCUCGUAGGACAUCAAGCAAGUGUCAGAUGUUUGGAGAUCAAAGGAGAUAUUGUUGUUUCCGGCAGUUACGACACAACAGCCAGAGUAUGGAGUAUCUCUGAAGGCAGAUGUUUACGAACACUGUCAGGGCACUUUUCGCAGAUUUACGCCAUCGCUUUUGAUGGUACGAGGAUAGCAACUGGAAGUUUGGAUACCAGUGUGCGGAUAUGGGAUCCGAAUAAUGGAUCCUGUCAAGCCAUCCUUCAAGGGCACACCUCGCUCGUUGGGCAAUUACAGAUGCGUGGGAAUACUCUUGUCACUGGUGGAUCGGAUGGCUCAGUUCGAGUUUGGUCGUUGGAGAAGAUGGCGCCGAUUCAUAGACUUGCAGCCCACGACAAUAGUGUGACGAGUCUGCAAUUCGACGAUACUAGGGUAGUGAGUGGAGGUAGUGAUGGGCGAGUCAAAGUCUGGGAUCUCAAGACUGGUCAAUUAGUCAGGGAAUUGACUGCACCUGCUGAUGCCGUCUGGAGAGUUGCAUUCGAGGAGGAGAAGUGCGUAGUAAUGGCCAGUCGAAGUAACCGAACCAUCAUGGAGGUCUGGUCCUUCUCCCCACCCGAAGAAUCCCUCAUGGAAGCAAGCACCACCCCCGCACAACGCACCCUCUUCAACUCCCUAACCAGCGGCCCCCCUCGCCCACUCAGCGCAAUCGAAUACAAGAGCUCUUCGUCCGCCUCCUCUUCCUCGAAUAUUCAGAAUCAUCAAGACCAGGCGAUGAGCGGGAACGAGGAGAUUAGAGUCCAGGUCGCGUAUGCGAAUGAGAGGCAUAUGGAGGAUGUGGAGAUGCUGGAUCAGUUGCCCAGUACGGCGCCGUUGGAGGGGACGAGGGAGACGUUCUUUAGGGAUGAUUGAGCGGAUUUCUCGCUCUUUUGAAAUUGGAUGGCAAUUGCUGGAUGGUGAUAUUGCGGGAUAUUUCCAGUGGCUGGCUUGGCUUGGCUUGGUUGCAGAGCUCUGCGUGUGGAGUGGAGGGAAAUGGUUUCUCUUGAAGAGAGUGCCAUCCACCCACAUACUCUAUCGCAAACAUCGCCAGAUCCGCAGCAGCAAACCAGAGUCAGCGACGCGAUAUGAACAACAAGCGUGCUGUUGGGGAAAUGGGAUAUAUACCACAUUUACUAUGCAGAUCAGCAAUCGACAGCAGGCAGGCGCACAUACACACGUUCUGUGCUCCAGCUUCAUAUGCAGUUCCGGUCACUUGCGUGCAUUUUCGGCGUUCUGCAGUGGUUUUAUCUCUCGCUCACACGCACGGAUCGGAGUUGGGUUCGGUUGGGUUGGGUUGGGAAGAUACCUUGGUAUGGACUGGAUGGAUUCAUUGGCAUGGCAUGGAAGGGUCGGGCAUGGAUGGGUAUGGAAGGCAUGGAUGGAAGGGCAUACACGGAUGCAUUGGAGGGCACGGAAGGAAGGCAUGGACGGAAGGGCAUGGCUGGCGAAAAUGAGGCAUAUAUAACAAGGAUGGGAAAGCAUACAUGCAUGGAUGCAUAGUCGGAUGGAUGAAGGGCAUGGACGGGCUGGACUCCAGGUCACACUGAGACAUUCAGAUACAGAUACAGACGUACAGAUAUGGCUGGCUGGCUCUGGGAGGGUGCUUGGUUGGUGUAGAAUGUCUUGAGAGGGAAGUGCUGUAUGUAUGUAUGGUUGAGUGAUGAGUGAUGAGUGGGUGUAUGCAUGCAUGCAUGCAUCAGCGAGCGAGAG